AGCGUGACACGCGAUCCGCCAUUUUGUCACUCGAUCUAUCAAAUUUUCCCGCCAUGGGUGCGUCACUGCGCGUCUCGAUUGUUUUACUUGGACUUUUGCUUAUCACCACCUGCUAUUCGGCAACGAUUCCAAAUAAUUUCGAUCCACGAAUCACGGAUGAAAUAAUAGCGCCGAAGAAGAGACCGUUCUGCAAUGCUUUCACAGGAUGCGGUCGAAAAAGGUCAAUGAACCCUCCCGGCAUGCCUCUCCAAGGCAUGAUGCGAUCCAGACAGUUUGAAGAAGACAGUUACGACACAGAUAACUCCUUAGAAGAUCUUUCCCGCCAAAUUUUAUCUGAAGCAAAACUUUGGGAAGCGGUACAAGAAGCGAGCGCGCAAAUUGCCAGACGGAACCAAAAGGAAGGCUUAUUUUAAAUGUCCAACGUCAGUGGCACAGACUAACUCAUUUAUGUCUUUUUCUUCUUUUGUCGAUUUAUUUGUCAAUACAUUAUUUAUUUGACAACCCUUUGUUGGCACGACUUAAAUAUUAUUAAUAUAAACAAAUUGGUUGCCAAUGAAAUAAUAACCGUGACAAUGAAAUACAUUUAAUAUUGUUUUCCAGUUGAGACUAAUAUAAGUAAAUUUUUUUUAUUUUUUUGAUUUCACGUAUAAAAAUUAAUUUAAUGAAAUGUGCCAAUAAAGAUUACAUGACACAAAUUAUUUCUAUAAGUAUAACCAUUAUUAUGUAUCUUCAAUUCGAAUGUCUGUGUCAACAAAAACAAAAUGGCUGACUCCAUCGGUACAUAACAGAUUGUGCGUCCGUAGCGUUUUUGUGUUAUUUUCGCGCCAAACGGCGGCAAAGAAAAAUAACCUUUUAUUCUUGUACUUAAACUAGGAGGUGACAUUGUAUAUAUUAAAGAAAUCUUGCAUUCCGACAUAAUUUAUUAUUUGUGAAUCACGAUGUGAGCAAAUAAUUUCGUUCAUAAUCUGUACUGAAAGCAAUUUUUCGAAAAUUAGGUUGUCUUAAUUAAUAAAACUCGUACUAUUUACUCUCGUAGUUGUAAGUAAUAUUAAUAUUGUUCAAAUCGGAGAGAAAUAAAGUCUUCAUUGUAA